GGAUCGGGUCGAGGUGACCACGCCACACCCAGCAGACCGAGGCAGAGUGGCUGUGCUGAGGGAACGGCUUGUGUAACAGCUGUAUGAGCCAGUGGCACCGACGGCAGCCAGUUGCGCCAGCACCGUGCCUUGUUGAAAUGUCCAGUACGCAGAGGAGGCGGCGCAUGCAGCGGCCUCUCAGCGCCACAGGGGCCGCGAAGUAGUUGAGGAUACUCGGACAUAGUUUGUGAACAACAGCGUCUUCAUGUGUGUGUUUUUUCGCCGGAGCUGUAGCCACUUCGCGGAGGAAUGAGAGGCGCGUGUUCGGCUGUUAAAAUGGGAUUGUUUUUGCACGCGGUCGGCUCUGUCACCCCCACCGAGUCCGCAGCAGACAGGAGCCUACUGCACUGUGAAGGUGUCAACAACCAGAGCUACAUCUGUGAGUCGGGACACUGCUGCGGGGAGUCUCAGUGUUGCAGCUACUACUAUGAGCUCUGGUGGUUUUGGUUGGUGUGGGCCAUCAUCUUCAUUCUGAGCUGCUGCUGCGUGUGUCACCAUCGCCGCACCAAACACCGGCUGCAGCAGCAACAGCGGCAGCACGAGAUCAACCUCAUUGCUUACCGUGAAGCACACAACUACCCCUCUGUGCCCUUCUACUUCAGGUUUCUGCCAAACUACCUCCUACCUGACUAUGAGGAGGUGGUCAACCGGCCACCGACUCCUCCCCCUCCCUACAGUGCCUUACACACAGGCCCAUCCUCAGUGGCUUCUAGUCCACUGGCUCCUGAGCAGCAGGAGGGACACUGUCCAGCCAUCCAGCCCAGUGCGGUGCCCCCGGUCUCUGACACUCUGUGUUGCAGACCCAGCAUAGAGGAGCCGCAGCCCACCACUUUAGACUUUAGGCCAAAGCCUGACAACAAGCCCAUGCAGGCAGCACAAGAGUCAGGCAUGAUACUGCCGUCAGACGGGCUCAAUAGUGAGGGACUUACCAGCCAAGAGAAAAGAAGUGGAAGUGGGGACGACUCCUGCAAAGACCCCCUCCUGAAGGAGCUGUCGGAGGGUUCUGCUGAGGACAAAGACCGACUCCCCAAUGGGAGGAGGAGGCGAUUCACAGGGGACUCUGGAAUUGAGGUGUGUGUGUGCAGCACACGUGGUAGCAGUGGAUUUAGUGGAGCUGGAGGGACAGGCCAGGAAGGCAAGGAGAUGAGGGAGCUAGAGAGCCUGCUGGGGCGUGAGGGAGAUGACGAAGAGGAGGAGGGGGAAGAGGAGACGGGCGACUUCUGCGACAGCUGCGGCCAUCGAGCCUCCUACAGCGCGGAGGAGGAGCCCGUGUUGGGCGGGGUGGAGAGGAGAGUCGCACGUGGGCCGCCAGGACCUCCUCAGCUGGCUCACCAGAUAGGCAGCGCUUCGCUCCACCCUCCGGUGUGCCUCCUCCUCCAUACCAUCAACGAGCAGGAGGGGCCGCACCACAGCAACAGCACUGAGCCGCAGGGGUGAAACACAGACAACACACCUUCGUGUCAGAGAGGGAAGGAGAGAGCACUUGAGACAGAGCAUGGACACAUAUGCUUUUGUAUCUGAGCAAGUGUUUUGUGUCUAAAUAGUUUCUGAGUGAGUAUUUUAAAUGAAUGUGCACGUCUUUGAUUAAACAGGUGUGGGAGCAGGAAGUGGAAUCUCAGCUAAAUAUGACUGAAAUCCAAAGGUUGAGAAAGCCUGCUCGUCCUCACACUGGAACAGUGGCCUUAACCUGUGUAUGUUUGGGCGGAACAAGCCCUUUAACAGCCUGUGGCAAUCGAGACUUCUCACACUGCACACCAACAGUCCUUUUAGUUUUCCUCUCAUGCAACGGAAGCUACUGAUACACAGUCAAAGACGUGAUCGCUGAAGCUGUGACGUCAGGACGGGACGUUCACUGCCCAGGAUGAAUGCAGCUCUUCUCACCAGGUGCUUGCAACAAUUCUGCAAAGCUAUUCUCUGCAGGCAGGAAACCACGUAGUUAAAAAACACAUAGCAGGAACGUUUGGAUGGGUGCAAUGUAGAUUUGCCACAGUGUGUGCUUAUGCAAACUGAUACUGUAGGGACACUAGUACAAGACUGUGUGGGACGUCCCGUUAGAGUUACUCAUACUUCUAAAGUGCUUUUUCAGCGAUUAAAAACCGCUCUGCCUUGUGUCUGUUUUUUGUUGCUCUCUAUCUGCCCCGCUAGUGAUAGAGGAGUAUAAGUGCAUUUACAAAUCUUCAUGUGAGCAGUUCCUAUUUUGCACAAAGUGUAUUUAUCUUUAUAAAUGAAGCUGUUAGCUAAAAACAAUAAAGAAAACAGAAAACGCUUUCAUUAAUUCAGUCUUAAAUUGCAGUACAUGAUUUAGUGUCUUAGGAUUUUGUUGCGACAUCUGUAAGAAAUGGACCUCUGUGACUUGUUAGUAGGGAAUGCAACAGAUUAACUUAGUACAAAAUCAUUUUUUAAAUUAUUUUAAUAAGUGUUUCUAGUAGGUGCCUACCCAAAAAAAAAAUGCAGAACUUUGAUGAACAAUGUUUUCAGUGAAACUGAGAGACCAUUAGAAAGCAGGUACUAAAACCAAAAAAAAGAAAAUAAAGCUUUUUAGAGAUUACACCUGAGAUGGGCAACAUCAGACCUCAAACUUUUGUGUCAGUCAGCUCAGUAGAUUACCACCUUCACCAGCCAUACUGUAUUACAACAGUCACACUCUUUGUGUUGGAUUUUCAUAGUAGCACAUUUUACCAUGCUUUUGAUGUGGUCUUCAUUGAUGAAACAUUUAUAGCAGCUUCCUUAAAGGGUCCAAGGCUGAUUUCAGUCAAAUGGACCAGUGUGAUUUUCACUAAAAAGGCUCGUUAACUGUUUUUUUUUUUUUUUAAUACCAAUGGAUGACCCUGCCACUCUAAUGCAAUUGAUCUGAGAGAAGAAAUUACACUUCUAGGUAAAAAAAAUUAUUUAGUGUAUGAGUGUUGGGUUUUCAUAAUUUAAGGGAUAUUCAUCCCCGGGUGUAAUGGUAAAUAAUACCAUACCAUCAAACAGCUCACACAUUGUUUGUAAUAAAAGCAUUUAACCCAACAGGGCAAUUUUAGAACAAAAUGUCAGUAACAGUUGCGGCCUCUUGAGUGGAAAAAUACCUCUUUGGGGACUGAAGAAUGAGAAAUGAUUAAAAUUAAUCUAGAUUAAAAAAAUAAACCAAAACAAUAAAAGCAAAGACAAAGACAAGGAAACAAAGAAGCAGAUAAGGUGAUAGAAUAACAGUUUGACAGUUGCCUGAAUAUCUGUUAACAAGGGUUUGCAAAGCGGGAUAUUUCUGAGAAUCGUGUUUUUCUAUGAUGGACAAACCGUUCAAGUUAACAAGCAAUAUUUAUAAUACUGCACUGUGGAUAGAAACAAAGACUGCAUAGUUCUGUUAAUGUAUCUUCUCAGGAAGACUCAUCAGUUUGAAACGCUUUUAAGAGCUUGAAUGUUUUAGUUCUUAACCUUUACAGGAGCUGUAAUUCAGUAGAUGUUGAUUGAUGAUGAAUGUACCAUGAAAAAUGCCACUGGUUAUAUAAUGAAUGUGCUGUGUGAAACU